CCAGAUGGGGGAGAGAAAGGCACUCUGCAUGUGUUCAGGAGCACCCUCCUUCUUAGCCCAGCUUCCCAUUAAAUGGGUCUGGCAUUCACACGAGGCUCUGGGGCUGAGCCUGGGAAUCCAAUGAAGCCCCUGCGUGGGGUGGGGUCUCCUGAGUCCCCUUCUGAUCUCUCAGGAGAGAUGCCAUUUCUUCCUCUUCCCCCCUCCCCCAAAACACAGAGAGAGUCAAGCUAGUCAUCAAAAAAGCUUUUUGGACUUAGGAUUCUUUCCUCCUCCCCCCCUCGCCCACUAACUCUGGAUAAGACCUUGCUGAGAUUCCCCCCCUGCCUUUUUCUGACCCCUGCACCUGCUUUGAGGAGGGGAAGAGAUGUUCCUGCAGCCCCCCUCCCCAAACUGCAGUUGUACAGAAGUGACUGUGAUAAAAUGCAAAAUCUGUUUUAUAUCCAAGCAGUUUAUAUUGGGAGCUGCCCCUCCCCCUUUUCUUUAUCCUGCACCCUUUGGAGGUGGGCCUUGCAGCUGUCACACGCAAGGCCCUCUGGGAGCUGUAGUCCCCUUGUGGCAGCUGCCUGGCACCCACCCCGCCUUUUCCAGAGCUUGCAAAAGAAAGAGGAGCAAAGAAAUAAUAAUGCCAAGAAAGAAAGAAAGAAAGAUGUGUGUGUGUGUGGGAGGCUUCUGUAAAGCCCUGGGACUACAUUCCCCAUGGUGCACUGGGGCUCAAAGGAGCUGGACUGUGAUUGGCCCCCCUCCCUGCAGGCUACUGGAGAAUGAAUAAAAUUGUACAGUAUAUUCUGAUGUGAGAGGUAAAAAAAAAAAAGGAAAGAAAAGAAAGAAAAGGGGGAAAAAUUAUCUGCUUCUCCAAGCAGCCCAGGCAGGCUGAGGGAUUUCCAUACCGUAUCAAAAUGGCCACAGCUGUGCACAAGCCUAUCAAAUGCUUAGGUGAGGAUUUCUACCGGGAAGCCAUUGAACACUGCCGCAACUACAAUGCCCGGCUAUGCGCUGAGCGCAGCAUGCGCCUUCCCUUCCUUGACUCGCAGACAGGCGUUGCCCAGAACAAUUGCUACAUUUGGAUGGAGAAGACCCACCGGGGCCCAGGGCUGGCUCCAGGUCAGAUCUACACCUACCCAGCUCGCUGUUGGCGCAAGAAGAGGCGGCUUAAUAUCCUGGAGGAUCCGCGUCUGCGGCCUUGUGAGUUCAAGAUUGAUUGUGAGCCCCCAUUGAAGAAGGAGGGGGGGUUGCCCGAAGGGCCAGUCUUGGAGGCCUUGCUGUGUGCUGAGACUGGAGAUAAGAAGCCGGAGCUGAAGGAGGAGGAGCUGAUCUUGGACUGUCCGAAGGCACCGACUGGCGAAUUUCUGCAUGACUUGGACACGGACGAUCUGGAGGACGAUGUUCCUCGCCGAAAGAACAAAGCGAAAAGCAAGGCAUAUGGAAUCGGGGGCCUGCGCAAGAGGCAGGACGCUGCACUGCUGGAGGACCGGGACAAGCCGUAUGUCUGUGACAUUUGUGGAAAGCGCUACAAGAACCGCCCGGGACUCAGCUACCACUACACACACACACACCUGGCAGAGGAAGAGGGCGAAGAGGGACCUGAGCGUCACACUCUGCCCUUCCAUCGCAAGAACAACCACAAACAGUUUUACAAAGAGCUGAACUGGGUCCCCGAGAACCAGCGCAGGCACACAGCUAAGAAAGCUCCGGACGGCACAGUCAUACCAAACGGUUAUUGUGAUUUCUGUCUAGGCGGCUCCAAGAAGACCGGCUGCCCCGAGGAUCUCAUCUCCUGUGCAGAUUGUGGACGUUCGGGGCAUCCGUCGUGCCUGCAGUUCACCGUGAACAUGACGGCCGCCGUGCGGACUUACCGGUGGCAAUGCAUUGAGUGCAAGAGCUGCAGCCUUUGUGGCACCUCGGAGAAUGAUGACCAGCUGCUGUUCUGUGACGACUGUGACCGGGGUUACCACAUGUAUUGUCUGAGCCCCCCCAUGGCUGAGCCCCCUGAAGGAACCUGGAGCUGCCACUUGUGCCUGCGGCAGCUGAAGGAGAAGGCAGCAGCCUAUAUCACCCUGACCUAGGCUGGGGCCCUCUGCCAACCCCCCUCUUCCUGCUGCUUGGUUGGUCCCAAGAUCUUAGCCGUGGCAGAGAGGGGGGACGGUGCUGAGCCCUGCCUGGCCGUGGAACAUGAAUGUUUCCUCCGUCACCCAGCAGCCUGGCUGGAACCUUCCACCCCUCCCGUUAAAAGGGGGGGCAACAUCUUUUGUCCUAAACUCCUUUCGUGGGAUUUCCCCCUCCCACCUACCUCUUCCCUCCACCCAACGGUAGCAGUGGGGACCAAAUCUUGCCUCCACCGGCUGUCAUCAGAUGAGCCACAACUUGACUCAAAGCCAUAAAGCCAGAGAGGGCAGUUGGCAGCAAGCAGCCUCUCCCUCUCUCUCUGCCCCUUGCCCCCCUUGAGCUGCAGGUAGAGUGGAGUGGAGAUUUCUCUCUGCUCUCCCCCAAGUCCACUUCCUGCGAGGAGGAGGGCUCCUCUGCCCAAAUCCCCCCUCGGUUCUGCAGCCUUGGAUGGAGAGGACCUUGCCAGCCUCCGGAAGGAAGGGGCUGCUUUGGGGAAGAGUCACGCAUCAAAGUCCCGAGAGGAAGUCUGACUGAAGAGCCAUUAUGGGGGCUGACAGUGGGGUGGGCAAAGGCCGGGGAAGCGCGGGGAGAGCAGGCCUGGCCCCUUCUCCUGGGGGGAGCUGGAAGGAAGGGGUCCCGGGUGGGGUUACAGUCAGCUGUUAUACAAGGCAGGAUAUUUUUUUUCAAUGUUGCUGGAUUUUAACGUGGGGGUGAGGGAGAAAACUUGAAAAGAAAAACCACAAGAAAGGUGGGAAGUGGUGGAAAAUUUACACCACCCCCCAAGGAAAAAAUGUGUCAGGGGCUGGGAAAAAGCACCCCUGGGGGCUGCUGAAGGCUAGCGGGGGGCAUCACCCCUGGGGGCUGCUGAAGGCUAGCGGGGGGCAUCCCCACUAAGCCCCCCCUUGUGUUUAUGGUGUUGUUGUUGCCUGCAUCUUUCACGUGCUUGGAUUGUUCUGUGCAUUAAAUGUGGUCUGAAUUAUAGCUGCUGCUUCUUCUUCUACCCC